CCUUUACUUAGAUAGAACAAACAAGAAAGCACUAUUAUUGUUUCUUCUUUCUCUCUUUCCUUCAUCACAAAAUCAAAAAAGCAAACCAUUUUUUAUGGGAACAUUUACAAGCUUUAGGAAAGCCUAUGGAGCUCUUAAGGACUCCACCAAGGUUGGCCUUGCCAAAGUCAAUAGUGAAUACAAGGAGUUGGAUGUUGCCAUUGUGAAAGCUACCAAUCAUAAUGAAUAUCCUCCAAAAGAACGUCAUGUUCGAAAAAUAUUCUAUGCAACAUCGGCACAUCAGCCACGAGCAGAUGUGGCAUACUGCAUUCAUAAACUAUCGAAGAGACUUUCAAAGACGCGAAGUUGGAUAGUUGCUGUAAAGACAUUGAUAGUGAUUCAUAGGACAUUGAGAGAGGGUGAUCCUACAUUCAGAGAAGAGCUUCUAAACUACUCACGCCGCGGACAUAUUCUUCAAAUAUCAAAUUUUAAAGAUGACUCAAGCCCUCUUGCUUGGGAUUGUUCUGCAUGGGUUAGAACCUAUGCAUUAUUUUUAGAAGAAAGACUUGAAUGUUUUAGAAUCCUUAAAUAUGACAUCGAAUCGGAGCGAUUAGUAAAAUCAUCGCCGGCUUCAACUAAAGCGCAUAGCAGAACUCGAUCGUUGGCUAAUGAUGAUCUGUUGGAACAACUACCUGCAUUGCAACAACUUCUAUUUCGUCUUGUUGGUUGUCAGCCAGAAGGAUGUGCUUAUAACAAUUAUCUAGUACAAUAUGCAUUGGCCUUGAUAUUGAAAGAGAGCUUCAAAAUAUAUUGUGCACUAAAUGAUGGAAUCAUCAAUCUUGUGGACAUGUUCUUUGAUACAUCAAGACAUGAUGCAGUGAAGGCUUUAAAUAUAUAUAAAAGAGCUGGCAACCAGGCUGAAAGUCUUGCCGAAUUUUAUGAAUACUGCAAAGGCUUGGACCUUGCUAGGAAUUUCCAGUUUCCGAUACUAAAACAGCCACCUCCCUCUUUCCUUACCACAAUGGAAGAAUAUAUUAGAGAAGCACCACAGUCUGGCUCUGUGAACAAGAGAUUGGAGUAUCAGGAAAAUGAUCAAUCACCUGAUGAAGAAUCAGAACCAAAAGAACCCGAAGAGCCUCAACAAGAAAAUGAGAAACAAGAUGAGGAAGUCAAUGAGGAAGAACCUGAUGAAGAAACAGAACCUCAGGAAGAGGAGGUUGAGCUUCCUCCACUGAUAUCAACUGAUGGUACUGAUGAUUUGCUGGGGCUAAAUGAAAUAAACCCCAAAGCUGUAGAACUAGAGGAAAGCAAUGCCUUGGCUCUUGCAAUUGUACCACCUGGUGGAAAUAAUUCAAAUAAUCUUGCUUUGAGUAACAUUGAUGGGACUACUGGUUGGGAACUUUCUCUAGUUGCAACACCAAGCAACCAUACCAGUCAAGCGACGGAUCGCAGAAUGGCUGGUGGUUUUGACAAGCUAUUACUAGACAGUUUAUAUGAAGAUGAAAAUGCAAGGAGACAACUUCAACUUCAAAAUGCAGGCUAUGGACAUGAAGAAAUGACUAUACAAAAUCCAUUUGAUCAUUAUAAUCAACAUGAUCCAUUUGCAAUGUCAAAAAACAUAGCACCUCCAUCCAAUGUGCAAAUGGCAAUGUUGGCUCAACAACAACAACAACAUCAAAUGAUGUUCCAACAACAACAAAUGAUGUUUUCACCACAACAGCAUCAAUAUCAUCAAAACAUGGCAAUGGUCCCUCAUCAACAACCUCAUACUCAAUACCCUCAACAAUUGCAGAUUAUGGGUGCUCAUAAUCCAUUUGGAGAUCCUUUACCUGUCCCUAGUUAUCCUCAUAGCUCCUUGCCACAACAAGGAAACUACAAUUUAAUGUAGAGUUCACUUUUUUUUCUUUCUUCUGGAAUUCUUCAAUUCAUUUUUGACCGGAGAAUAUGAUAUGCAACUUUCUUUUGUUUGUAGUUAUCAAUAAUUUGGUUUAGAUAACUAUUCCCUUACAUAGAUAUAUCUUAGUACACAUAGGUUAAUUUUGAACUUUGAAUUAGUUCU